UAGAUCCCGUCUCACUCAGCCCUUUUUACAUACAGCCUCAAUCUUCAAAACUGAGUAUCUCGUACAGGUAAUGUGAUGGUGAUCUGAGUGUUCCACUCGUUUUACCGAAACGUAGCCUUGUCUUAGUUGAGUCGCCCAAAUCGAGAUAUUUCUUACUAGAUCUCGGUAUUACGACGCGAUCUGCGACUAACAUUGCUACGCUUACUGUUGUUUUUCGUAUUUAUCUUGAUGUCUGAAUCCAGACUUCUAUUAAAAUAGUCAAUAUCGAUAGUACCGAUCGCUAUGGUUUGAAUUCCGCUCACGAUAUUUAGUCAUUCUCUAUCCUUAUUUCCCGUUCCCGUUACCCUUACAAUAGGGUAUUUGCUGUCAAAAUGGCUCCAUCCUUCAUUCGCGUCAAAUACCUCCUCGCCGUCCUGUGUGCUGGUAGCGCCGCCUACGCAUUAUCCAGCCCCGGCGUGGACAAGUCUUCGUUGAUACAAGAAUGCCCAGUCUUUUUCGAUACGGUUAAGCGAUGUGAUCCUAUCGCGCCUAAAAGUUUCUUGCCUCCUCAUUUGGCGAGACUCGACAAGGACAAAGGGUCUCAUUCCCCGGACUUGAAUGUUCUAGCCGAUCUUCUUGACGCUAUGCAUGUCAUGCAGACGCAAUAUUUCGCGACGUGGCUCGGCAUCUGGCCCGAGUCCAUCGACUGGACCGCGGCCGUUAUGGGUACCCACGUCUCGGGGGCCGUGCGUAGCCUUUCCGAGGCCUUGGUACACAUCAACUCGGACGAAGAAAACGCUAUAGACCUGAAAUUGGAGUUGAAUCUAGUUGACAAAUACUUCACCCAGGUUGCGGGGUAUUACUUCGGACAGGAUGCCUUUGCAAUCCGCAACGAGGCAUACGAUGAUAUCCUUUGGGUGGUGCUCGGCUGGCUCGAGACCAUCCAGUUGGUGAGCAUGCAUAGCGAUCUGCAUUUCAAGUCGAAUGAGCAAGAGGAAGUCACCAAGUCCGGGACAAGUAAACCUCGACGAAUCAGUGACUUCUUUUCGAACCAGCCUUACCAUGGACAUCUUUGGGUUCCCGCGUUUGCUCAUCGUGCGCGAGUUUUUUGGGAUCUAGCAACCCACGGGUGGGACACAAAGCUGUGCGGCGGCGGGAUGGUCUGGAACCCUCGUCUUUUGCCAUAUAAAAAUGCCAUUACCAACGAGCUAUUUAUAGCAGCUUCCAUAUCCAUGUAUUUAUACUUCCCUGGAGAUGACAACACAUCACCAUUCUUUAGUGCCGGGAGCCCUGAGGCAUUCUCUCACGUGUCUAGCGGGCCGAGAGACGCCAAAUACCUGAAAGCUGCCGUGGAAGGCUAUAAGUGGCUUGUCGAUUCUAACAUGACCGACCGUAGAGGCCUUUACACCGACGGGUUUCACGUUAGCGGGUAUAGCGAUACUGGGAAUAACAAUACGAAGUGCGAUCAGCGGAAUGACAUGGUUCUCUCAUAUAAUCAAGGCGUCCUCCUCACGGGACUGCGCGGACUAUGGGAAGCAACCGGCGCCUCAUCAUUCCUUUCGGACGGGCACAAGUUGAUCCAGAACGUGAUCAAGGCAACCGGUUAUAGUCUUGCUUGGGACGCGCCUCUCGAAACUCUCAUGAGGCUGUAUCCCGGGCAGCUCCCAAGAUGGCACGGUCUCGGCCGAGCAGGCGUGAUGGAAGACCCGUGCGACGCAAGCGGGACUUGCAGUCAGGACGGGCAAACUUUCAAGGGCAUCUUCUUCCACCAUCUCACGGCCUUCUGCGCGCCACUGGUCGCACCCGAUACUAACGUCGACGAGCACGCCUUUACCGCGGUCAAAGGUGCCCAUAGUAGAGCUUGUUCUACUUACAGCGGCUGGCUGAAGCAUAACGCCCAGGCGGCACUUCGCACCCGCGACGAACACGGCAAAUUCGGACAAUGGUGGACAGCCGGGUUACUCGCGCACCGCUGGGCCGGCCCGUGGCCUACCAUGAGGGACGACGGGGUGCCGCAUACAAACGGCGUCGACUACCGCAACUACGGCGUGCCAAACGACACCACGUGGCGGGCCUCGCCGCCUAGUAAAGACAAGCCUGGUGUUCACUUGCCAGUCGAGAGACCGUUUUUUGCGGAUUCAGAACAGGCGCAGCAGAAACCUAUGCACGGCUCCGCAGCAGAAAAAGAGAAACGCCAGGCGCAAGAUACCGGCGGCUCGAAAGACCCCAACGCGCGCGGCCGCGGCAGAACCGUCGAGACCCAGGGUGGCGGGCUGGCGCUGCUACGAGCGUAUUGGAAGAUCGCGCACGCGCCUUAGUAAGGUUAGGUACCUAACCAGCUAACCAACCCGUCAGCGACUCUUUUCGGUCGAGUUACAUAGUCAGGUAGAGCGGGUGCUGUCGUAAGCUUAUUAUUGGCAUUUAGUGGUACAUAUAUAGGACGAUCUAAGGGCAAAU